ACCAUCCAGCAAAUACUAGCAGACAACUACACAGUCAUCCCCAAUGCAAAGAUCUCAUACGUCGGAUGGUUAACCCGGGAGUCCCCCCUCAAACGCGCAUCAUCAAUCGUGGUGGAAUUCACGGACCCAGAAAUGGCCAACGCCAUCAUCUACGCAGGGAUGGCUUGGGACGGACAGAUACAUACAUGCCAACUCUAUGACCGCGCCUGCAGAGUCAAGCAAUGCUUUCGCUGCUAUAAUUACGGCCACAUCGGUACUCAGUGCAACGCAGCUCAAACAUGCGGCUAUUGCGCGGAGCUACACGAGACCAAGCACUGCGACCAGAAAGGAGUCGAGGACUUCACUCCCAGAUGCCCAGUCUGCAAAGGUGCCCACACGGCAUGGAGCAACGCCUGCCCAGCAAGAAGGAAAGAGAUGGGUCGAGUUGAACAAGCGAAACAGGUUCGGAAUAUUUACUGGCAGGUGCCGCCCAAAGACGAACCACGUGAGAACAACAACCCGCGGAAGAGGACUCGACACGCACAGGACCCUAUCCUCGACCACAUCAUCGCAAUAGGCACCCCCUGUGAAGAACCCUCGGAACACGCAACCAUCGCUCAAGAACCCACACAGACGCAUGGAGACUGUACCCAAGAACAGCGAACACCCCAGGAGACCAUAGCCGCGCAAGCAAUCUCCGACGCGCCAGUCGCAGGAGAUUGUGUAGCAUCAGCACCACGGCAAGUACCGACAUCGCAGCAGUCGGCAACAGAGCAACCCCAAGAGACCGGCCUAGUAGUAGAUGUCGUUCCAAGGACGGACACGGUCGAGGCUGCACUAGCCGAAAUAGCAUCAACCCAGCAACCUAUGUACCCUGUGGAACCCUUACUUGAGGAGUUCGAUUUCGACAUGACUGACGCGGACGAAUGGCUGGCUGAACUGGACAACAACGUCGCCGAGGAAGGAUUGCACGACCCUCAAACGGUGGGAUCGGUUCCAACAUCCACGGCAACAAACACUCGCACAGCCCAGGGAAACAUCUAUAAAGCAUGCCACUGCCCAGGACACCAGGAAAUAUACAGCAACUGGCCGACACGAGACGCUGAACUCCGAAUCGCCCACUGCAUGAGGAUAUGCAUGUACUGCGGCAAAGACUUCGCGGCGGCCGCUGAACUGCGCAGGCACAUCAAGAGGAAGAGGGAGUAUUCGUGGAGAAACCUAACAGUACGAUUCGAAAGGGGGAAACAUGACGCCCUCACUCCGGAAUGGAUACCUAGGCCGUCAAGAACCCGAGUUUCACGGAGCCGCUCGCCAACCCGUCUAAGAACGAGAGCAGCUCGGAGCCAAUCUCGCAUAGACAGUCCCGACGCAGCACCCGUCACCCAAUGCUAAGACACCAAGAAUUGCGCAUCUUACAGUACAACGUCCAAAAGUCAAGAGACGUCGUCCUCGCCAGCCUUUUCCGGAAUCCCAGAAUCCUUGAUUUCGACAUUCUGGCCAUCCAGGAGCCAUGGAGGAACCCGUUUAUCGAGACAUCAUAUCACCCCCUUAAAACGCACUUUCAACUCACAUAUCUGGCCGACCCCGCAACAAGGGUAUGCUUAUAUAUCAGUAAACGGAUCGAUCCUAGCACUUGGAGUGUGUCGUACGUCUCUAAGGAUAUCAUCCGCGUGCAAAUUGUCAACCCCUACUCCAACAGAAUGGUCAAUAUAUUCAAUGUAUACAACGAGGUGGGAACCGACACACUGUCUACACUGACAGAAGCGAUCAGAGCGUUGGACUCACCUGUCGAGACCAUCGUGCUUGGGGACUUUAACCUGCACCACCCUCUCUGGUCAACAGCACAUCGACGUGCAGGCAGCAGGCUAAAUGCCGAAGGCCUUCUCACAAUCAUGGAAGAAUUCCAACUGCACCUCCUCACGGAGCCCGGAACACCGACCCACCGCUGGAAGGAUGGGGAGUCCACGAUCGAUCUAGCUUUCGCAUCGGAAGAUUUGGCAAAUCAUUUAAUUCACUGCAGGAUUGAUAGGAAGCUGGACUGCGACUCCGACCACCUCCCGAUCUCUCUAGCACUCGAUUGGAGCUGGCAACCGGCGAACCCGACAAAGAAACGUUUAUGGUCAAAGACGAAUGUGGAAAUUCUGCGGAGAACCGUUGAGGCACAUCUACCCCGAACCAGUGGCACCCUGGAGCUGAGAGACAAGGAUAGUAUCGACAAAUUCGUCUCCUCCAUCAUCAGCGCCCUGGAUGCCGGCAUCGAGGCAUCAACCCCCUGGUCGAACCCGUCCCCACGCUCGAUCGCAGGAUUUAAUCAGGAGUGCAAAGACCUAUGCACUGAAGUCCAACAGCUUCGCCGAAGGUGGCAACGAUCACGACAGGAAGAGGACUACGAAGCCUACCGGCAGGCGCGAAACAGGAAGGGCCGACUCAUUCAAAAGAUGCUCCGUAACACCCAUCGACAGCGAGUUGAAGAGGCAUCCGCAUCGCAAACGGGUCUGUGGAACCUGGUAAAAUGGGCCCGAAAUAGGCACAACACAACCCCUGCAUUCACACCGUCGCUCGUGAAACCGGAUGGAGGAACCGUCCACCAACCGGAGGAGAAGGCGGAAGUGCUCCGCCAAACUUUUUUCCCGCCACCGCCCCAAGCAGACCUGUCGGAUACGGACGAUUAUGAAUACCCUCAACCCAUCGAAUGCCCGGCUAUCACCGUGGCGGAGAUAGAGAGGGCAGUGCGCAGAGCCUCCCCGAACAAGGCCCCCGGCGCUGACGGCAUCAGCAACGGCACCCUUCAUCAGACGCUUGACAUCCUUCUUCCCAGCCUUCUCGAGCUCUUCAACGCGUGCCUCGAACAGGGCUAUUGUCCCACACACUUCAAGGACACCAUUACAGUAGUCCUUCGGAAACCCGGGAAAGAUGACUAUACGCACCCGAAGGCGUACCGGCCAAUUGCCCUCCUCAACACGCUAGGUAAGGCCCUAGAAGCCAUCAUCGCGAACAGGUUGGCCUACAUGGCCGAUGUCCAUAAGCUCCUCCCCAGCCGCCAUACAGGAGGCCGGAAACUGGCAUCAACCGAGCAUGCCAUGCAUUUCCUCCUUCAGCGGAUACACCAGGCAUGGUCAGAGGGCAAGGUAGCCACCCUGCUCUUGCUGGACGUAUCAGGAGCGUACGACAACGUCUCCCCGGAACGACUCAUACACAACCUCCGGAAGCGUCGUGUCAGCGAAAAGAUCAUACGCUGGAUUGCAUCCUUUCUUAGCCACCGAACCACCACUCUCAAGCUGCAGGAAUACACUGCCACCUCGACACCUAUACAAACGGGGAUUCCACAAGGGUCACCCGUCUCACCAAUCUUGUACCUGUUUUACAAUGCCGACCUUAUCGAAGCAUGUAAAACGAAAGAUACAGAGGCGGUAGGUUACAUCGACGACGUGUCAAUCCUAGCGGUAGGCCCGACGUCACAGCGCAACUGCAAGACCCUGAAGGGAAUCCACCGGAAGGCCGAACAGUGGGCAGUAAAGCAUGGCUCCCAAUUUGCACCGGCGAAGUACGAGCUUGUACACUUCACAAGAGAUCCUAGGGCAAAUAGCACACAUGCCCUUCGCCUGCCUCACAACACGGUCAAGGCUUCCCCCUCGUGCCGUUACUUGGGCAUUCAUAUGGAUACCAAGCUACGGUGGGGAAACCACCGCGAAAAGCUAGAGACAGGCGCCACGCAACGGCUUUCGGCACUAUCGGCCCUCGCAUCCUCGACCUGGGGUACAGGGAUGAUCAACCUUCGGCAGGUAUACAGAGCGAUGAUAAUACCGCAGAUGCUUUAUGGGUGCUCCGCGUGGCACAUCCCCGGAAACGAUCAUAAUAGAGGUAGCGCCAUGAUCAAAGUCAUCAGAAGAAUCCAGAGACGAGCGGCCCAAAUCAUCACUGGGGCAUUCCGAACAACCGCCGGGGCAGCAGCAGACGUAGAAGCACACCUGCUCCCGGCGCAACAGCAGCUCGAACAGACAGCGCUAGAAGCGACAAUGCGCAUAAGAACGUCCCCCCUAUACGACGAUAUGGCUAUAGUGGAGGGAAACGAACAGAGCCCCCUUGACCGAUUCUCGAGCAUGUUGGAACGCAAGUAUGAGGUGCAACUUGAUCGACUUGAGAAACGCCAACCGCACGUUGUGCCGCCAUGGUGGACCCCCCCGGUUACUCGUAUCAAUGAGUCCGCCGAGGACGCGAUCAAGGAGCACGAUGCGACAGAGCCUGCAACAGUGUGCAUUUAUACUGAUGGGAGUGGUAUCGAAGGUCACGUCGGUGCAGCUGCUGUGGCACCCUCGCUCCGGGUUGGCGACAUUUGCACAAAACGGACUCAGUACAUGGGCGUGUCGAGCACGUCUACCGUUUAUGCGGCAGAGCUCAAGGGCCUUGCGCUCGCUUUGAAGAUAGUACUCGACAUCCACGCAACAGGUACCCCUCCCGGGAAGUGUGCCAUCUUCACCGACAACCAAGCCGCCAUCCAGUCGAUUAGGAACCCCAAGCACCCAUCGGGCCAAUAUAUUCUUGUCGAGGCCGUACGCGCGCUCGACAGUCUCCGACAGCUAGGAUGGGAAAUCGAGUUUCGCUGGAUCCCAGCACAUGUGGGAGUUCCAGGGAACGAAGAAGCCGACCGAGCGGCAAAGGAAGCCGCCGAACCCGCCCAAACCACCGAACAACCUGAACCGAGCCCGGUACGAACGUUGAUAGCAAUCACGAAAACCGCUAUCCGCCAAACGAUGGUACGCGAAUGGGAGACAUCGUGGGAAAACGCGAAAAAUGGCAGAGAUCUCUUUCGUCUCGGGAUCCGGCCAGGGAAAGCAAUCCUCGACACACACUUGAGAGCACAUAGAGCAGUCAGCUCAGCAAUCACACAGAUGCGCACAGGCAAGAUUGGCCUGCGAGCGUAUCUUCACGCCAUCAACAAGGCCGACACCGAUAAAUGUCAGUGCGGCUGCGGGCCGCAGACCGUACGACACGUCCUCCUGGAAUGCCGAAACUGGAUAGAGGAACGACACCGAAUGUGGGCAGGCAAGUCUCCAUGCGUAGACAUCAAACGCAUUCUCAGUAGCUCGUCAAUGGCGGUGCAAGCAGCAAAGAUGAUCUUGAGGACGGGGCUUCUAGGACAAUUCCAGUCGAUCCCGUCCACGGUACUCCAAUAUCACUAGCAUGCGAGUGCAUAACCAGUAUACAGAAGUUUAGGAAGGUCAGGAAAGGCCGGACAAGGCAGAGACACAGAACAGAUAGAGAGACUAUGUUGAAGGAAACCAACCAGAGCAGAUAGGGAAGCAAUUCGAGGAGGAAUGGCUUACUCUCUGAAAGCGAAGGGCGGGACUCCUGUAUUUAUAGUUGUACGCUGCAUAGCUGCCGAUAGGGCGGCUGGGACAGUCUAUGAAUA